AUGAUGGCUCAGUUUCCCACAGCAAUGAAUGGAGGGCCAAACAUGUGGGCUAUUACCUCUGAAGAACGGACUAAGCAUGACAAGCAGUUUGAUAACCUCAAACCUUCAGGAGGUUACAUAACAGGUGAUCAAGCCCGUACCUUUUUCUUACAGUCAGGCCUGCCGGCUCCCGUUUUAGCUGAAAUAUGGGCUUUAUCAGAUCUGAACAAGGAUGGGAAGAUGGAUCAACAAGAGUUCUCCAUAGCUAUGAAACUCAUCAAACUAAAGCUUCAAGGCCAACAGUUGCCUGUGGUUCUUCCUCCUAUUAUGAAACAACCUCCUAUGUUCUCUCCGUUAAUUUCUGCUCGUUUUGGAAUGGGAAGCAUGCCCAAUCUGUCCAUUCCUCAGUCAUUGCCUCCAGUUGCACCCAUAGCAACACCCUUGUCCUCGGCGACUUCAGGGACCACCCUCCCUCCCCUAAUGAUGCCUGCUCCCCUAGUGCCUUCCGUUAGCACUUCAUCAUUACCAAAUGGAACCACCAGUCUCAUUCAGCCUUUAUCCAUUCCUUAUUCUUCUUCAACAUUGCCUCAUACGUCAUCUUACAGUCUGAUGAUGGGAGGAUUUGGUGGUGCUAAUAUACAGAAAGCCCAGUCUCUGAUUGAUUUAGGAUCUAGUAGCUCAACUUCCUCAACUGCUUCCCUCCCAGGGAACUCACCCAAGACUGGGACCUCAGAGUGGGCAGUUCCUCAGCCUUCAAGAUUAAAAUAUCGGCAAAAAUUUAAUAGUCUUGACAAAAGCAUGAGUGGAUACCUCUCAGGUUUUCAAGCUAGAAAUGCUCUUCUUCAGUCAAAUCUUUCUCAAACUCAGCUAGCUACUAUAUGGACUCUGGCUGACAUUGAUGGUGAUGGACAGCUGAAAGCUGAGGAGUUCAUCCUUGCAAUGCACCUCACUGAUAUGGCCAAAGCUGGACAGCCGUUGCCACUGGCUUUACCUCCUGAGCUUGUCCCUCCAUCUUUUAGAGGAGGAAAGCAAAUUGAUUCCAUUAACGGAACUCUGCCUUCAUAUCAGAAAACGCAAGACGAGGAACCCCAGAAAAAAUUACCAGUUACGUUCGAGGACAAGCGGAAAGCCAACUAUGAGCGGGGCAACAUGGAACUGGAAAAGCGACGCCAGGCCAUGAUGGAGCAGCAGCAGAGGGAGGCAGAGCGCAAAGCCCAGAAAGAAAAGGAAGAAUGGGAACGAAAACAGAGAGAGCUACAAGAGCAAGAAUGGAAGAAACAACUUGAAUUAGAAAAACGCUUGGAGAAGCAGAGGGAAUUGGAGCGACAACGGGAAGAAGAAAGGAGAAAAGAGAUAGAAAGACGAGAGGCCGCAAAACAGGAACUUGAAAGACAACGUCGUUUAGAAUGGGAGAGAAUUCGUAGACAGGAGCUUCUCAGUCGAAGGAAUAGAGAACAGGAAGAAAUUGUCAGGUUAAACUCUAAAAAGAAGAGCCUCCAUCUCGAGUUGGAAGCACUGAAUGGAAAACAUCAGCAGAUCUCAGGCAGACUUCAAGACAUCCGACUCCGAAAGCAAACUCAGAAGACCGAGCUGGAAGUUCUGGAUAAGCAGUGUGACCUGGAAAUCAUGGAAAUCAAGCAGCUUCAACAGGAGCUUCAGGAGUAUCAAAAUAAACUUAUCUAUUUGGUGCCAGAGAAGCAGUUAUUAAAUGAAAGAAUUAAAAACAUGCAGCUCAGUAAUACACCUGAUUUAGGGGUCAGUUUACUUCAUAAAAAAUCAUUAGAAAAGGAAGAAUUAUGCCAAAGACUUAAAGAACAAUUAGAUGCUCUUGAAAAAGAAACUGCAUCCAAGCUUUCAGAAAUGGAUUCAUUUAAUAAUGAACUGAAGUGUGGGAAUAUGGAUGACUCUGUUCUUCAGUGCCUUUUGUCUCUGCUAAGCUGUCUCAACAACCUCUUCCUCUUACUUAAGGAACUGAGAGAAAGCUACAAUACACAGCAGUUAGCCAUUGAACAGCUUUAUAAGAUCAAACGUGACAAACUGAGGGAAAUUGAAAGAAAAAGAUCAGAGUUAAUACAGAAAAAGAAACUAGAAGAUGAGGCUACAAGGAAAGCAAAACAAGGAAAAGAAAACUUAUGGAAAGAAAAUCUUAGAAAGGAGGAAGAAGAAAAGCAAAAACGACUCCAAGAAGAAAAAGCACAGGAAAAAGUUCAAGAAGUGGAGCGGAAAGCUGAGGAGAAACAAAGUGAGCCAGCUGGUACUUUGGUGAAUUACAGAGCGUUAUAUCGCUUUGAAGCAAGGAACCAUGAUGAAAUGAGUUUUAAUUCUGGAGAUAUAAUACAGGUUGACGAAAAAACUGUAGGAGAACCUGGUUGGCUUUAUGGUAGUUUUCAAGGAAAUUUUGGCUGGUUUCCAUGCAAUUAUGUAGAAAAAGUGACAUCAAGUGAAAAAUCUGUGUCUCCUAAGAAGGCCUUACUUCCUCCUACAGUAUCUGCUACCUCAACUUCUGAGUCACUUUCUUCAAACCAACCAGCAUCUGUGACCGAUUAUCAAAAUGUAUCUUUUUCAAACCUGAGUGUUAACACAUCAUGGCAGAAAAAAUCAGCUUUCACUCGCACUGUGUCCCCUGUGUCUGUGUCACCGAUUCAUGGACAGGGACAGGUUGUAGAAAACCUGAAAGCACAGGCCCUUUGUUCUUGGACUGCAAAGAAAGAAAACCACUUGAACUUCUCAAAACAUGAUAUUAUUACUGUCUUGGAGCAGCAAGAAAAUUGGUGGUUUGGGGAGGUUCAUGGAGGAAGAGGAUGGUUUCCGAAAUCUUACGUCAAAAUCAUCCCUGGGAGUGAAGUUAAGCGGGAAGAACCAGAAGCUUUGUAUGCAUCUGUAAACAAGAAACCUACCUCUGCAGCCUGUACAGUGGGAGAAGAGUAUAUUGCACUUUAUUCAUAUUCAAGUGUAGAACCUGGAGAUUUGACUUUCACUGAAGGUGAAGAAAUAUUGGUGACCCAGAAAGAUGGAGAAUGGUGGACAGGAAGUAUUGGAGACAGAACUGGAAUUUUUCCGUCAAAUUAUGUCAAACCAAAAGAUCAGGAGGGUUUUGGGAGUGCUAGCAAAUCUGGAACAUCAAACAAGAAACCUGAGAUUGCUCAAGUAACGUCAGCAUAUGCAGCUUCUGGUUCUGAACAGCUUAGCCUCGCACCAGGACAGUUAAUACUAAUUCUAAAGAAAAACACAAGUGGGUGGUGGCAAGGGGAAUUACAGGCCAGAGGCAAAAAGCGACAGAAAGGAUGGUUCCCUGCCAGCCAUGUUAAACUUUUGGGUCCAAGCAGUGAAAGAACUACACCUGCCUUUCAUCCUGUGUGUCAGGUGAUCGCCAUGUAUGACUACACAGCAAACAACGAGGAUGAGCUCAGCUUCUCCAAGGGACAGCUUAUUAAUGUUUUAAACAAAGAUGAUCCUGACUGGUGGCAAGGAGAAAUCAGUGGGGUGACUGGUCUCUUCCCUUCGAACUACGUUAAGAUGACGACAGAUGCAGAUCCAAGUCAACAGUGGUGUGCUGAUCUCCAAACACUGGACACCAUGCAGCCGGUGGAAAGGAAGAGGCAGGGCUAUAUCCACGAGCUGAUUGAGACGGAGGAGCGGUACGUGGAUGACCUGCAGCUCGUUGUGGAGGUUUUUCAGAAACGAAUGACAGAGCCAGGUUUUCUCACUGAAGGAGAAAUGGCCUUGAUCUUUGUUAACUGGAAGGAGCUCAUCAUGGCUAACACGAAGCUGCUGAAGGCACUGCGGGUUCGGAAGAAGACCGGGGGUGAGAAGAUGCCCGUGCACAUGAUUGGGGACAUCCUGGCCGCUGAGCUGUCCCACAUGCAGGCCUACAUCCGCUUCUGCAGCUGUCAGCUUAAUGGAGCAGCCCUGUUACAGCAGAAGACAGAUGAACACGCGGACUUCAAAGAAUUUUUAAAGAAGUUGGCAUCUGACCCUCGGUGUAAAGGGAUGCCCCUUUCCAGCUUCCUGCUGAAGCCCAUGCAGAGGAUCACCCGCUACCCACUCCUCAUCAGAAGCAUUCUGGAGAACACCCCAGAGAAUCAUGUAGACCACUCCUCUCUGAAGCUGGCCCUCGAGCGGGCAGAGGAGCUCUGCUCUCAAGUGAAUGAAGGAGUUCGGGAGAAGGAAAAUUCAGACCGACUGGAGUGGAUCCAGACACACGUGCAGUGCGACGGGCUUGCGGAGCAACUUGUUUUCAACUCCCUCACCAACUGCCUGGGGCCCCGGAAGCUGCUGCACAGCGGAAAGCUGUACAAGACCAAGAGCAACAAGGAGCUGCACGGGUUCCUCUUCAACGACUUCCUGCUUCUCACCUACAUGGUCAAGCAGUUCGCGGUCUCCUCAGCCUCCGAGAAGCUUUUCAGCUCGAAGUCUAACGCUCAGUUCAAGAUGUAUAAGACGCCCAUUUUCCUGAAUGAAGCCUUGGUGAAACUGCCCACAGACCCUUCCAGCGAUGAGCCUGUCUUCCACAUCUCUCACAUUGACCGGGUCUACACCCUUCGAACAGACAACAUUAACGAGAGGACGGCCUGGGUCCAGAAGAUCAAGGCGGCGUCUGAGCAGUACAUCGACACGGAGAAGAAGAAGCGGGAGAAGGCCUAUCAAGCUCGCUCUCAGAAGUCUUCAGGCAUCGGGCGUCUGAUGGUGCAUGUCAUUGAAGCUACAGAACUGAAAGCUUGUAAACCAAACGGAAAGAGCAAUCCAUACUGUGAAAUCAGCAUGGGCUCCCAGAGCUACACCACUAGAACCCUCCAGGACACACUGAAUCCCAAAUGGAAUUUUAACUGCCAGUUCUUCAUUAAGGACCUCUAUCAGGAUGUGCUGUGUCUCACUAUGUUCGACAGAGAUCAGUUUUCACCAGACGAUUUCCUGGGUCGCACUGAAGUUCCAGUGGCAAAAAUUCGAACAGAACAGGAAAGCAAAGGCCCUACAACCCGCCGACUCCUGCUGCACGAGGUCCCCACCGGGGAGGUCUGGGUCCGCUUUGACCUGCAGCUUUUUGAGCAGAAAACUCUCCUGUAG